AUGCAGCAGCAGCAGCAGCAGCAACAGCAGCAGCAGCUGCUGCCGCCUCCUUCCCUAGAGGGGGCGGCAGAGCAGCAGCAACAGAGGCAGCAACAACAGCAGCAGCAGCUACUGCAGCAGCAGCAGCAGCUGAAUGGGAAGGUUCCUCAGGCCCCCGCAGCUGCGCCUGUAGAUAGUUCUGAUGAGGGGCCCCUGCAGCAAAUGAUGCGGGAGGUGCUGCAGCAGCAGCAGCAGACCGAUAUAGGUCUCCUUGCUGAGAGCCUCAAGUGUCUCGAUGCGCAUGGGUGGCAGCAGCAACAGCAGCAGCCUUCUGCAGCUGCAGCUGCAGCAGCAGCAGCAGGACUCGCAACGCCUGCGCAUCUGUCUCUCUUUGUGCGGCGUCAGCGACUUGGGGUGUACAGACAGCAGCUACAGGCCUUCAAGAGAGUGUCUCCUUUGCUGCUGCAGCUGCAGCAAGCAGCAGAACAGCUGCGAGCUGCCUUGGGUGCUGCUUUAGGGCGCCUCACUGCGAACAGACAGCAGCUGCUGCCGCUGCUGCAGCAGCUGCUGGAGUUGCGGAGGCAGCAGCAGCAACUUACAGACAAAGAAACCCUCUGUCUUUCUCUUUUAAAUCGUUUGUGUCUCCCGCAGCAGAUAUUUAAACAGCUCACUAGCCCCGUGCUGCAGCAGGAGCCUUCAGCAGGAGCUGCAGCAGCAGAUGGAGCAGCAGAGCAGCAGCAGCAGCAGCAGCAGCAGCAAGAUGCACUGUUUAAGGAGCUCAAGGCCACACGUUCAGCGCUAGCUGAGGUGCAGCAGAAGAAACAGCUGCUACAGCAACUAGCAGCAGCAGCAGCAGGAGAAACAGCAGCAGCAGGAGAAGCGGCAGCAGCAGGAGAAGCAGCAGCAGCAGCACCAUUUCCCCUUAUUGACAGUUUGCUGCAACAGACAAAAGAACUCGAAGAUAUCGGGCACGAGAAGUUAUAUAUGCUGCUGCUGCAGGGGCUGCAGCAGCUUGCUGCAACAGCAGCGCCAGCAGCAGCAACAGCAGGAAGUGCUGCCAUCACCUCCGCCUUCCAAGCGCUUCUAGACCUUGCGCAGCAGCAGCAGCAGCAGCAGCAGCAGCCGCUUAUGGAUGGAGCAGCAGCAGCAGCAGCAGCAGCGCCGACAAAUCCGGCAGCACCAACCACAGCAACAACAGCAGCAGCAGCAGCAGCAGCAGCAGGCAGCCAGGUGGGUUCGACGAGGGAGCAUGAGUGCGGCAUUUUGCUGUGGGAGGCAUUUGCUGAUUUGUAUAGACACCCUGCAUAUUUGCUGCAGUGUAUGCAGCAGCUGCUGCGGCUGCGGCGGCAGCUGCUGCUGCAGCAGCUGCAGCAGCAGCAAUUUGAAGGCCCCUAUUGGGGGGGCCCCUACGACCCUGUUGCUGCUAAAGAGAUAGCGGGGCCCCUCACUUCUGUGCUGAGGUGGCUGCCUCGCGCUGCUGCAGCAGAAGCUGCUGUCUUCGUCUCCUUGCUGCAGCUCCUCUUCGCCCGUGGAGGCGCAGCAGCUCUGGGGAUGGAGCAGCAGCAGCAGCAGCAGCAGCAGCAGCAGCAGCGGCAGCCAAGCGAAACGAUACACGGGUCAGCUGCUGAUGCGGCAGAGACAGCUGAGGUGAGGAAAGCAGAAGCUGCAGAAGGGCCUCCCUUUCUUGUGCAGCAACAGCAGCAGCAGCAGCAGCUGCUGCUGCAGCAACAGCAGCAGGAGAGGAGCUGGCUGCCUCUGUCUGAUACAGCAAUCCUCCCUGAUGAGGCAGGAGGAAGUGCUGCUGCUGCUGCUGCUGCUGCUAUGCAACAGCUACUGCAGCCGAUGGCACUGGUUGACGCUGCCCUUGAGGCCCUGGAGGGGCCCCUUGCUGCUCAGGUUGCAGCAGCUCUCAACAGCAGCAGCAGCAGCAACAGCAGCAGCAGCACUUGCGGCAUCACCGCAUUCAAAGUAGGUUUCCUGCUGGAGCAGGCAGCAGCCGCAGCGGAACGAGCUGUUGCUGCUGCUGUCAAGGAGUCCCCUCAGCUUCGUCUGCAGCAGCAGCAGCAGCAGCAGCAGCAACAGGAGCAGCAGAAGCAGCAGCGGAGGCCUUUACUUGUGCGUUUCCUUCUAGAGUUAUCAGGCCAAGCCCUAGACAGGUUCGAGCAGCAGUGGGAGGCUUCAGCGCUGCUGCUGCCGCCUCCGUCAGCAGCAGCAGCAGCAGCAGCAGCAGGAGAAUGGGCUCCUGCUGCUGAGGGGCGCUGGAGCCGCAGCAGCAGCAGCAGCAGCAGCAGCAGAAGGAAUCUUCCUUCCUUUCUGACUUCUUUUGCCUCGCGGCUGCAGGAUCUGCUGAUGGCGUAUGCGGCGUGUCUGCCUGCCCCCCUAGAGCAGCAACAGCCGCAGCAAGAGCAGCAGCAGCAGCAGCAGCAGCAGCAGCAAACCGCUGUUAGUCAGCUUGAGUCUCUUAUAGGGCGUGAUGUACCCCGCUGCAUUAAUUACUGUCUCCAAGCAGCCGACUUCAUGUCUCGCCCCGAAGGGUGUGUGUUUGUAAUGAAUGCAUUUUGCUGCUUGAGGGCCUCGCUGCAGAUACAAAGUGUCUCCUUUAUCAGCAGCAGCAGCCAGCAGCAGCAGCAACAACAACAGGGGGACGCACAGCACCAGGAAGUGCUGCUGCUGCACGAAGUUGUGGCUCUCCCGGUGCAGCAGCAGCAGCGACAGCUCCUCACCCGAUUAAUAGAAGACAAAAGCCAGGAGUUAGGGGCAUUAGAAGCAACAAGACUUUGCAGUGUAUGCAAACUGAGUAGCAGCAGCAUCGAUCCUGCUGCUGCUGCUGCUGCUGGUGCUGGUGCUGUGGAGGAUAGCGCACAAGGGGGCGCUGCUCCGCAGGGACAGGAAGCAGCAGCAGCAGCAGAAGCAACAACAACAGCAGCAGCAGCAGAAAUGCUAGAAAGGUGCAAUGCAUGCGUUGCUGCUGUUGUAGGCAGCCCCAACGCUCUUGAGUGUCCCCUUUUAGCAGCACUAUCGGAUGCAGCAGCAGCAGCAAAAGCAAAAGAGAAAGCAGCAAGUUUGCUGCUGCAGCGCUACACAGCUCUCUGGGAAGCUGCUGCUGCUGCUGGCCCCACAUAUACACCUCAGCAUACACCGGACCAGCUGCGAGUUAUCCUCGAGCUGUAG